UUCCCCCAGCGGCUCUUGGUGCCGGUGCUCGGCUGGCGGCGCUGGGCAGGUGAACGCGGGCUUCCGGAAGAGGUGGCUGAGGCGGAAUUCUAGUUCUCAGAGAAGAUUUGAUCUCCAAUUCUGAGGAAUCUUGGAUGCUACAGCCUGGAGGCCCAAGGACCUUCUGUCUAGAUGCGGAGACCAGUUUUCAAGUGAAUAAGACUACUACAAAGCUAAGCAUUUCUGUUGAAGAAUCUCCCUAGCAAAGAUUCAUGAGGGAUGGUCCCUGUGACUUCAGUUUGAGAGAAAUAUGUGACUGAUACGAAGAGAGAGAAAAAUCAACAUAGCCACUGUGAAUUUAACAAAGCUAGAAAGAAUUUCAGGCCAUGUUCAGUCUGAAUUCACUGUAAAAAAAAAUUAUCUCAGAGAAUGACUGUUUUCAGUAUAGUGAAUAUAGGGAAUGCUUUACUGAAAAGGUUGGCCUUAUUCAGUCUUAUGAGAACCUCCUGAAAUACAAAUGUAUCAAGAUAAUCAGCUUGAGAUCAGAUAUCAUUAGAUAUCUGAAAAACUGUACUGAAGAAAUACUUUAUAUACGUAAUUAAUAUGGGGAGGCCUUUAGUCAGAACUCAAAACUCCUUGUCUAUCAGAAAAUUCACCGUGGAAAGAAAUCUUGUGAAUAUAAUGAAUGAGGAACAGUUGCCUUAAUCCAUCAUUCAUCUCUUACUUGGCAUCCUAGAUUUUGUACUGAGAUGAAAAUAUGUGCAUGUCAUCAGUGUGAAAAGGCUUUUGGUUGAAAUCCAGACCACAUUAGAUAUCAGAAGAUUGGUCUUAGCAAGAAGCUUCAUAAAAAUAAUGAAUGUGUGAAGGUUUUCCCAUACAGAUCAUUCCUUUUUUACCCAUCAGAGAAUUCACGUUGGAGGGAAACUUUAUGAAUGUAAUCAGUGUAGAAGGAUUUUCACUCAGGAAUGCCUUUAGUGCUUUUCGUUACAAAACCUGAACUGGAGAGAAACUUAUACAUGUAAUCAAUGUGUAAUCUCCGAGCCUUGCUAUACAUCAGAAUCAAUACUGGAGAGAAACCUUAUGAGUGUUAUCAAUGUGGAAAAACUUUCACACAAAACUUCAAACUUACCACAAAGUCUAUGGACUGAAUGAAGUUCUGAUUCCUCUUCCUUCUAUUGUGGAAUGAGCUCCUCAGCCCAACUAGGCCAGCGCCCUGCCUGGGAGUGAAGGCAGAGACGUCUCCCCCCGGGAUCCUUCUUCCUCCUCUGCUCAGCCUGAAGAGGACCAAGCAAAAAGCCUGGAACCAGGGGGAAUGGCCCCCGGACCCCAAAGACACUCAUGGCAGGAGUCACUGACAUUCAAGGAUGUGGCUGUGGACUUCACCCAGGAGGAGUGGAGCCUCUUGGACCAUUCUCAGAAAGAGCUGUACAAGGAGGUGAUGCUGGAGAACUCCCAGAACCUGCUCUCCCUGGGAAUUCCACUUCUCAGAGAAGAUUUCAUCUCCCAUUUUGAGGAAAGAGAGCCAUCGUGGAUCCUGGAUCAAAAAGGCCCAAGAAACUGCUGUCCAGGGGCAGAGACCAAGUCUGAAAUGACUAAGACUACUGCAGAGCUGAGGAUUUCUGUGGAAGAAUCUCACCAGCAUAGAUUCAUGAGGGAUGGUUCCUGUGACUUCAAUUUGAGAGAAAUCUGUGACUCAGAUAUCAAGAUAGAGAAAAAUCAAAAUAGUCACUGUGAACUUGGUAAAGAUGGAAAGGGCUUCAGACAAUACUCAGUUCUUAUUCAAUUUAAGAAAAUGACCUCAGAGAAUGGCUGUUUUCCAUAUGGGGAAAAUAAGGAAUGUGGUGCUGAAGAGGUUGGGCUUAUUCAAUCUUAUGAGGAGCCUCCUGAAGUGCGAACAUAUAAAGGUAAUCAAAGGGGAAUGGCUGACAGCUUGAGUUCAGACCUUAUCAGACAACAGAUACAUCAUACUGGAAAAAUGCUUUAUUUUUGUAAUGAAUGUGGGAAGGCCUUUAGUCAGAAUUCAAAGCUGAUUGACCAUCAUAAAAUUCACACAGCAGGAAAACCUUGGGAAUGUAAUCAGUGUGGAAAGGCAUUCACACAGAGUGCCAAACUUGCUUGCCAUCAGAAAAUCCACACUGGAGAGAAACCUUAUGAACAUCGUCAAUGUGGAAAGACUUUCAGAAAGAGAACCAUUCUUGGUGAACAUCAGAAAAUUCACACUGGAGAAACACCUUAUGACUAUAAUCAAAGUGGAAAGACUCUCCAACACAGCUCCAGUCUUGCUGUACAUCAGAAAAACCACACUGGAGAGAAACCUGAUGAAUGUCAUAAAUGUGGUAAAGCUUUUGGUGAACACUGUUCCCUUAUUGCACAUCCGAGAAUUCACACUGGAGAGAAACCUUAUGCCUGCAAUCAAUGUGGAAAGACUUUCCGACGCGGCUCCAGUCUUGCUGCACAUCAGAAAAACCACACUGGAAAGAAACCUCAUAAAUGUCAUAAAUGUGGUAAAGCUUUUGGUGAACACGCUUCCCUUAUUGCACAUCCGAGAAUUCACACUGGAGAGAAACCUUAUGCCUGCAAUCAAUGUGGAAAGACUUUCCAAUGCGGCUCCAAUCUUGCUGCACAUCAGAAAAACCACACUGGAAAGAAACCUCAUAAAUGUCAUAAAUGUGGUAAAGCUUUUGGUGAACACGCUUCCCUUAUUGCACAUCAGAGAAUUCACAGUGGAGAAAAACCUUAUGAAUGCAAUCAAUGUGGAAAGGCUUUCCGACGCAGCUCCAGUCUUGCUGUACAUCAGAAAAACCACACUGGAGAGAAACUUCAUGAGUGUCAUGAAUGUGGUAAAACUUUUGGUGAACACUUUUCCCUUAUUGCACAUCAGAGAAUCCACACUGGUGAGAAGCCUUAUGAAUGUAAUCAGUGUGGAAAGACUUUCACACAGAAUUCCCAUCUUUCUAAACAUCAGAGAAUCCACACUGGAGAGAAACCUUAUGAAUGUCAUCAUUGUGGUAAGGCUUUCAGACAUAGCUCCAGUCUUCCUCUUCAUCAGAGAAUCCACACUGGAGAGAAACCUUAUGAAUGUAAUCAGUGUGGAAAGGCUUUCACACAAAACUCUAUGCUUGUUGUACAUCAGAGAAUCCACACUGGAGAAAAACCUUAUGAAUGUAAUCAAUGUGGAAAAACUUUCCGACAGAACUCCAGUCUUGUUGUACACCAGAGAAUCCACACUGGAGAGAAACCUUAUGAAUGCAAUCACUGUGGAAAGGCUUUCAAAGAGAACUCCAAACUUGCUCUACAUCAGAGAAUCCACACUGGAGAGAAACCUUAUGAAUGUAAUCACUGUGGAAAGACUUUCCGAUGCAGCUCUAGUCUUGCUGUACAUCAGAAAAACCACACUGGAGACAAACCUCAUGAGUGUCAUGAAUGUGGUAAAGCUUUUGGUGAACACUCUUCCCUUAUUGCACAUCAGAGAAUCCACACUGGAGAGAAACCUUAUGAAUGUAAUCAAUGUGGAAAGGCUUUCACACAGAAUUCCCAUCUUUCUAAACAUCAGAGAAUCCACACUGGAGAGAAACCUUAUAAAUGUCAUCAAUGUGGAAAGGCUUUCAGACACAGCUCCAGUCUUCCUCUUCAUCAGAGAAUCCACACUGGAGAGAAACCUUAUGAAUGUAAUCAAUGUGGAAAGGCUUUCACACGUAACUCCAGUCUUGCUGUACAUCAGAGAAUCCACACUGGAGAGAAACCUUAUGAAUGUAGUCAAUGUGGAAAGGCUUUCAAACAGAACUCCAAACUUGCUCUACAUCAGAGAAUCCACACUGGAGAGAAACCUUAUGAAUGUAAUCAAUGUGGAAAGGCUUUCAAAGAGAACUCCAGUCUUGCUGUACAUCAGAGAAUUCAUACUGGAGAGAAACCUUAUAAAUGUAAUCAAUGUGGAAAGGCUUUCCCAUAUAGGGCCCUUCUUGCUUACCAUCUGAAAAUCCACACUGGAGAGAAACCUUAUGAAUGUAAUCAAUGUGGAAAGACUUUCACAAAUAAGUCCAGUCUUGCUAUACAUGUGAGAAUCCACACUGGAGAGAAACCUUAUGAAUGUAAUCAGUGUGGAAAGACUUUCACAAAUAGGUCCAGUCUUGCUAUACAUCAGAGAAUCCACACUGGUGAGAAACCUUAUGAAUGUCAUCAGUGUGGAAAAGCUUUCACUCAGAAUGCCAAUCUUUUGAAACACCAGAGAAUCCACACUGGAGAGAAACCUUAUGAAUGUCAUCAAUGUGGUAAGGCUUUCACACACAACUCCAAACUUGCUUGCCACCAGAGGAUCCACACUGGAGAGAAACCUUAUGAAUGUCAUCACUGUGGAAAAGCUUUCACACAGAACUCCCAUCUUUCCAAACAUCAGAGAAUCCAUAGUAGUGUGACAGGUGAAAUCUGAAAUAACUGAAGAAACAAAGGUUUGAGCUUCUGAUC